UCUACCGUUUCUAAACUCGACAUGCUGUCGAAACAGAAGUAUCGAGCGUCGCACCCAGAUUCACCUGCAGUGCUCCACCCUGCUCGUCGGUAGUACUGUGAUACUCAGUUUUGCAGUUUUUCUUGACUACAGAGAGGAGUCGACUGGAAAAUACUUUUGUUGCAAUGGCUCUUCCUGUGUUGCUGCUGCUGUGCACUGCUCCGCUGGUCCGGGGCCACGGCUCAGGUGUGGUUAUAGACAGCUGUGAAGACAUGGAACUCCACCACUCUGGGCUGAGCCCACAGACUGCACCGUCACCCUUCACUGUCACUACAGAGCAAAGGCGCUACGGACUCGGAGAGGAUGUCAUAGUUGAGCUGCAGGGUCCAGCCUCUACACCAUUUACUGGUUUCCUAUUGGAGGCUAGAGAACUGGGAAGCAAGAGUCCUGUGGGUUCCUUUGCCAUACCAGAAGGGGCUGCUCAACUCCUCACCUGCAGCCAGAGAGCUAACUCGGCUGUGUCCCACACAUCAGGCUUUAAUAGCAGCUACGUUCAGGUGACAUGGAGAUCAGAACCAUCAAGAGACAUCAAAGCUGUUCAUUUCUGUGCAUCCUUUGUGCAGAAUUCUACAACAUUUUGGAUCAAUGUGACGAGCCCUGUCCUGACCUUCACUAACGGCAGAGCUGCUAGAUCUGCAGGUGCCCUCACUACAUCCACUGACAAUGGCAGUUUACAACCUGGAUCACUUGUUAAAUCAGCUGGACCCAUCUCUAGUGCUGACUGUGGGGUCACCAAGGUGUGCUUCAGUCAGCCUUCAAACUGUGACCCAGCAGUCAGUGCUAGCUGUUAUUUCAUGUCAGCCAAGAUGUUAGCCGGUGGUGAAGCUGUCCACUUUGAGAUGACUGGUCCUUAUGAAGGAUAUAUUGCUUUUGGAUUCUCUGAUGAUCAAAGAAUGGGAAAUGAUGACAUUUACGUUUGUGUUAUGAAAAGCAAUGGACAAGUUGAGGUGGAACAUAUGUAUUCAACAGGACGAUCAAAGCCACAAGUUCUUCCUCUGGGGAAUGUUUAUAAUAUAACAACGUCAUUGCAGAACAGUGUCAUCAGUUGUGUCUUUACUACCACAAACACAAUUUCUAUUGAGGGGACUUCUGGUUUCAACCAGUCCUACUACCUCUUGUUUUCCUAUGGACCCAGCAACAAUGGAUCAAUAAGAAUCCAUAUGGGUACCUUCACCAGCAAUAAAAGGAUCAAUAUUAAUAAUCCCCUUGUUGUUGGCAAAGAUGAUGUUCCUGAUAUCAUCAAAGCUCAUGGAUCACUCAUGCUGAUUGCCUGGAUGACCACAGGAUCACUCGGCAUGAUGGUUGCCCGAUAUCUAAAAAAAAUGGCCAAGGGAAAAAAAAUGUGCGACAAAGAUCUCUGGUUUAUGGUCCAUGUUGGAGCAAUGUGUCUGACGGUAGCAGCCACAAUCAUUGCUUUCAUCCUUGUGUUCGUUCAUUCUCAGGACUGGUCUGGGGGAGCACAUCCAGUGUUGGGGUGCCUGGUUAUGAUCCUCUCACUCAUCCAGCCUAUCGGGGCCUUGCUGCGCUGCGGACCACAACAUCACCUGAGGUAUCUGUUCAACUGGACACAUUUUUUAAAUGCGGUGGUAAUAAAAUCUAUAGCUGUGGCAGCCAUAUUUACAGGCCUGGACAGGAUUGACAGUGAUGAUGGGUGGCUAUUGAAAGUGAUGGGUGGCUUCUUUGCCUGGGAAGUUCUCUUCAUCAUCAUUUUGGAGGUCCAUGAUUGGGUAGUUAAACACAGAGAUGAUACUGCUGAUCAAAUGGAAUCAGCAUUGGUCAAAGGUGACAGUUGCCUGAUCGCUGUGUACCUUCUGGGAAACCUUUGCUUUUUGGUGGCACUUCUGGUUGGAAUUGGAGAAAAAUGAGCAGCAGCAGAAUCUUCCAGAGUGUUUCCCUGUAGUUUUGUUGAAUUUUAUCAUCAAUUUUAACAUACUUGAUGAGAGACUGCACUGGAAAUUCAGACCCACUGAUGCAUCAGUUGGCGAAUCUUGGAAAGUUUCUCAGUAAUGUCUUUAAAAAAUAUUACUUAUGUUUUUUUUCUCUUUUGCUUUUAGUUGAUAAUUAAGGUGUACUUUCAAUCAGCAUUCAAUUUCACUGGGCCAAGCAUUACUGUCGUGUGUGUGUGUGUGUGUGUGUGUGUGUGUGUGUGUAUUAUGUCUCACAGUUGCAAAGAAAGAAGUAGUUUUAGUCGCCUUUAGCCUCCACUCUGGCUGCCAGGUAAACCAGUUUCAUUUUACAAGCUGGUUAC